UUUCUGCAUAUCCUCACAAUGAGAACUGACCUGGACCGCGGGAGGUAGUGAGCUCCCCGUCAUCCGGCCCUCUUGGCUAGGUGACCGCUUGUCGACGGAAUCUUGUACGGGAUGAUUCCGUUUCAGGUAGCGGGUCGGUGACCUUUCCGGUUCUUUCCAUCUGUGAAAGUAGCGAGAUCGAGGGUUUUGAAGGUGAUUUCUACUUUAAUGUCCUGCAGGUUCUAUACUACGGAUGGGAACUGUCAAGGUUUAUAAUGUCAAAAACUUCUCUUAGACGAAAGGUAGCUUCCACAAAGAUAACCAACUGGGUAGAGCCUUCAUUUGAUGAUUUUGUUGCGAACACAGACAUCUCUUCUGCUCUUAAAACUGAAUCUCUGGGAGUAAAUAAUUUUCAUCAGAGAAGAAAAGAUUUGCCUUCCACAUUAGAAAGUAGCAAAUUUAUAGCCAGAAAAAAAGGAAAAUCUUCCUCAAAACAUAUUAGUGUUGAAGCAAAUUUCAAUGAAAAUCUCUCUGAAAAUGAACCAUGGGUAGAUAAAUACAAACCGGAAACUCAGAAUGAACUUGCUGUUCAUAAGAAGAAAAUUGAAGAACUCGAAACCUGGUUAAAAGCUCAUGUUUUUGAGUGGCAGCCAAAACAGGGUGGGCCUAUUCUAAUAAUUACAGGUCCUCCUGGAUGUGGAAAAACAGCAACUCUACAGAUACUAGUUAAGGAGCUCGGUAUUGAGGUGCAAGAAUGGAUUAACCCUGUUUUUCUAAACUCCAGAAAACAUGAUAUGAAGGAUGGGCUUAAUCUUGAAUCAAGUUUCCACAUGGUUCCGAGUCAGUCUCAGAUGACUAUUUUUCAAGAGUUUCUGUUGAGAGCAAAUAAAUAUAACAAACUACAGAUGCUUGGUGAUUGUCUGCACACUGAUAAGAAGAUUAUUUUAAUUGAGGAUCUGCCCAAUCAAUUCUAUAGAGAUCCCAGUACGUUACAUGAAAUAUUGAGGACAUUCGUGAGGCUAGGUCGAUGUCCUCUUAUAUUCAUAAUCUCUGAUAGUCUUAGUGGAGCCAGUAGUCAGAGAUUACUGUUCCCCAAAGAAAUUCAAGAAGAAUGUUCCAUAUCAAACAUUAGUUUCAAUCCUGUGGCACCAACAAUUAUGAUGAAAGUUCUUAGUAGAAUAGCAGCAAUAGAAGCAAACAUGAAUGGCGGAAAAAUUGCUGUCCCUGAGAAGCCAGCUUUAGAGUUGCUUUGUAAAGGAUGUUCUGGUGAUAUAAGAAGUGCAAUAAACAGUCUCCAGUUUUCUUCUUUUAAAGGUAAUUCUGAGGAGACCAAUUUUUGGUCAAGGAAAAAAGGGAUGUCUUCAUUAAAAUCAGAUGCAUUGUUGUCAAAAGCAAGGCAGAGAAAGAGACCUGAUAGUACUUCGGAAAACCAAGAAGUUCAGGCAAUUGGUGGCAAAGAUGCCUGUCUUUUUCUUUUCAGAGCUUUGGGAAAGAUAUUAUAUUGUAAAAGAACGCCUCUCACGGAACUGGAGUUUCCGCGAUUACCUCCUCAUUUGUCAGAGUAUGAACGGGACGUGUUACUUGUUGAGCCUGAGGAGGUGAUAGAAAAGUCGCACAUGCCUGCCGAGCUGUUUAAUUUGUACCUCCACCAAAACUAUGUGGAUUUCUUCACCGAAAUAGAAGAUCUCGUGAGAGCCAGUGAAUACAUGAGCAGUGCUGACGUCCUCUGUGGCGACUGGAACUCAAGGACCACUCUUGGGGAGUACAGUGCAUCUGUAGCUACAAGAGGUGUGAUGCAUUCCAACAAAUCCAGAGGUUUUGCUUAUUGUCAAGGAGGUGGAGCAAGUUUUCGACCCUUGCACAAACCUCAGUGGUUCCUGAUAAAUAGAAAGUAUCGUGAAAAUUGCCUGGCAGCAAAGUCACUUUUUUCCAGUUUCUGCUUACCCCCUUUGUGUCUUCAAACACAGCUCUUGCCAUACCUGGCUAUGUUAACUAAUCCAAUGAGAAAUCAAGCUCAGAUUGCUUUUAUCCAGGAUGUUGGAAGGCUUCCCCUAAGGAGGUUUUUUGGAAGAUUGAAAAUGGAAGCUCUGACUGAUAAGGAUUCUGGAAUGAUAGACUCUAACAGCGAUGAGGAGGCUAAUCUUGAUGGAUCGCCCCCUACAAAGAUCCUUGUGCACAUGGACAAAAUCCAACCUUCAGAGACUGAUGCAGAAACUUCACAGUUUCUUCCUUCGAGUCAGACUAGUGGAACAGAUCUGCCUGCCAGCCAGCCCCAGCCUGCUACCGUUCAAGGAUUCAUGGAGGAAGAAGAGAUCACAAUAGAGGAAUAUGACAGUGAUGAAAUGUAGCUAAUAAUCUGCCUGAUGGUCAGGUGCUCUUUGACAAAUUCAUUUUCAUUUUCUUCAGUGGUCAAUGAAGUUACUUGAAUAAAGUUAAUGUUUCUAGUGAAAUUAUUGUAUUGUGAAAGUCCACCUGUGUGGUGUAUAGUCUAUACUUGUAAUAUGUAUAUAGUCUGUACACUUAUAUUGCUAUACAAGUCCAUUUUAUGGGACUGACUGUACCUUUAAUGGAGACAAAAUUCAAUCAGGCUUUAAACAUUUAGCUGAAAUCUGAACCCUUUUUAGUUAAAGGAGUAUUGAUAAAACAAUCAAAAGACAGCAAGAAUUUUUAUGGAAGUUAUGAAGUUUUGGAAACAAAGCAUUUAGUAAAUAGUAAGAUCUUUUUAAGUUAUUUUAAAGAAAAUUUCCACUAGUAUUUAUUUAGUUCUAUUAAGUGGUGUACAGUGGAGAGGGCAACAUUUAUCAGCAAGCUCAUGUGAAGGUUAUGCUAAAUACAAAAAAAUGUGAAUUAAUGCAUAAUUUGAGACUUGUAUAUAGAAACUGUAAAACUAAAACAGUUCCCUUGUAAACUAUUCAAGAUGUAAAUAAACUUAGAGCCUUAUUGCCAUGUUCCUUGUUUUCCUUUUCCUGUCUAUUUUUAUAAAUGUUUAAGAGUGAAAGCCUGUUGUGUAAUUAUUUUCAAUAAAUUAUGCCUAUAUCUACUCAAAAUGUAUCCUAUUUUAAACCAAAAAAUUAAAGUGCAUUUUAUUUCUUCAAUA